GCACUCAAACUAAUUUACCACACCGAGUGUGUCACGCUCCCGCAUCAUCCUCUUACUUGGGACGCGCUUACUGGAUUACCUCCCGGUAGUUUGACAAAACUGCUGUUGGCUCUAGUCGACUCUUUAUCAUGCUAGUUUUUACUUGAGCGGACCAGAAAUCGUUUUUGUUGUGUGGGUUUUUUUGGUGGAAGAAGAUUGUUUCAUUCCAAGCACGACUUCAAUGCCAGAUUCCGCAACGAUGAGCAAAAAAGGAAUGCUGACAACAGUCCACACGAGGAUAAGAACUGAGCCGUUCACAGCCAAUUACGAGUUGGUCGGCAAAGAACUGGGCAGGGGAAAGUUUGCAGUGGUGAAAAAGUGCAUUGAGAAGGCAACAGGGAAGCAGUAUGCUGCCAAGUUCCUGCGAAAGCGACGGAAGGGCGAAGACUGCCGCAUGGACAUCUUAAACGAGAUCGCUGUGCUGGAGUCGGCCAAGGCAAACCCCUAUGUGGUUGCACUGCAUGAGGUCUAUGAAACCAACACCGAAAUCAUCCUCGUUUUGGAGUGCGCUGCUGGUGGCGAAAUCUUCAACCAAUGUGUUGCAGACAGCGAUGAGGCCUUCACAGAGAAAGAUGUGAUCCGGCUGGCCAAGCAGAUCCUGACUGGGGUGGCCUUCUUGCAUCGGAACAAUGUGGUGCACCUGGAUCUGAAACCCCAAAACAUCUUGCUGACCAGUGCCAGACCUCUGGGGGAUAUUCGUAUUGUGGACUUUGGCUUGUCCAGACGCAUGGACAACGUCACAGAAGUCAGGGAGAUCCUGGGUACCCCAGAGUAUGUGGCACCAGAGAUCCUGAACUAUGAACCCAUUACCACUGCUACAGACAUGUGGAGUAUCGGGGUCCUGACCUACGUCAUGCUGACGGGCGAGUCUCCCUUCCUGGGUGACGACAAGCAGGAGACAUUUCUCAACAUCUCCCAAGUCAAUGUAGACUACUCGGAGGACACAUUCGAGGGGAUCUCCUCCCUGGCUGUUGACUUCAUCAAGUCCUUGUUGGUUAAAAACCCCAGGAAGAGAGCCACUGCAGAAGAAGGCCUCAACCACCCCUGGCUGAACUCGCUCCCCCAUCCCCACUCCCAUCCGCACCUCCAUGCUAGAUCGGCCUCCUCUUUGGACGAGCCAGAGACGAGCCAAUCAGAGUCAGAGCCAGAGAGCCCGGCUCCCUCCCCCGAGCUGGACUUGAUUGGGUCAUACCUCAUGUGCCCAGGCCAGGGUGAGUUGAAGACAGGCCGUGUUGCCUUCUCCUUCAGCGGGUCCCCCUAUCCCACGCGACCUGACAUACAGCAGGAGCUGAUCUGCUGAACGACGUUUCACAGGUGGAGAGAGAUUGAACAAAUUUAAACUCCACAGAGCAGACACUGAAAAGCAGUGAGCCUGCAGCUUCAUGGUCUUGAUCUGACUCAGGGCCACGCUAUAUGGAUGCUGUAUGCUGCUGGCUGCCUCUACUGCUGUGAUGUCUAUGAACUGGGUUGUGUGUAGUUUAAUACCUCUGUGUGUGUAUGUUUGAAUAAUACACGCUACUCCGUGCUUAUUUUAUAAUUGCACAGAAGGAAGGUGAGAGAAAUGAAGAUGCAGGAGAAAGAAGUGGGAGAAGACACACAAGGAUUUUGUCGCAGGACUGCACUGCUGCCUUAAAAGUGACAGAACUGAACUGGGGUCAGCUUAACACUGGCUGGUUCACCCCUGCACGCACACUGGUUUCUCUCUUUAUCCAAUUAGCCUUUUGAACUGGGUGUCCGAGGAGAGGCAGCCUUUCACUUCCCUGGGAAAUGACUUCACUCACUGUGUAAUGUCAUCAAAACGAGUUAUGCUUCAGCUGACCCAUUCUGCGAGUUUUAUUGAAGGAAGUAAAGGGUUUAUACAGAUGGUUCUACUUAACAGAAGAAUUAAAGCAAAGGACAGCACCUACGCAGAAGCCAUGUUAGCUGUUCCACUGUUUUUAUGUUUAUUUAUGUGUGUUUGUUAUACCACUUCACCCCCUUAAAUAUACAAAGCCACAUCAAUGCCUGAGUUUCAAAUGGAAAUGGUAGCAUUCUUAUUUUUUUAAGGACAAUUUAAGCACUUUUCGUUUUGUUAUUGGACUUCCAUGUAAUAGUAAGAAACCAAAGGCUCAUCAAUCAGUCAGCUGUCACACAUUGUACUGUACAUUUUAACCAUUUUCCACCACCCACUGUUUUGGUCACCUUUUUUCACAAAGUGCCACUUUUCAACCUCACUUGUGUGUUAAUAUUAUACUUUUAUUUGUUUUGUUUGCUAUUGCACAAGAUGUUUUUUUGUACUUACUGCGAGGUUGCUACUAGAUUUUGUGCUCUUAAAAUAUUGUGAAAACGUCAGUUUUGGAAAGAGGAAAUGGCAAAGUUUGAAAGGAACAGUUCAGUUUUGUUAGACUUGUAUCAACAAUGACAUGGUUAACUAUCCCAGAUUUAUAACUAUGUGAUGUUUGCCUUCAGAUGCUCGGGAGCAGAGAAAUUGGGGAGAAUUUCUCAAAAAUGUACUGAAAUGUAUAUUGUGAGUUAGUAUUAAGAUUAACAUCAAAAGCUAAUUUUUUUUUUAUCAGUGUAUAAAAAACAUCAUUAUAUCAUGUCUUAUUUUGUAUGUUAACUUUUACUUAUUCUUUUCUGCUUAUGAAUUUCAGGCAGGUUUGCACUUGUCCUUGUGGACAUUAUGUUAAAAUGAAUAAAUGUUGAUGGCAUGCAUUGCAAAAUGUAUCUAAGAAAAAUA